AAGAAUAGUUUCCGGUGUGGGUGGUUUGUUUUCUGGUAGUUAAUGGCGGUCGCGUACAGCGUUGUCUGUCCACAUCUUCACGGUUUCCAUUGUAACUGUCUAAUUGUAAUCAAACAUGUACUCGGGUGUGUUGAGAUUGCGGGCUAGUUACACGAUAUUUAUGUUCAACUUUCAGGUUGGCUCACGUGCCGUGGGGUUUGGAAAGACACGGUUUAAAGCGAGGCGAAAACGACGCAAACGAGGACCAUGGAGGACGAAGAAGGAGAGAAAGCCAGCGGGUGUGAAGUAGCCGAGCUGCGUCUUCAGGUGGAGUCGUUGAAAGAGGAGCUGAAGGAGUGCAAAGCCGAACUGGCCAAGUUGCAGAAGCAACUGAGCAAUUCCGAGAGACUGCAGAGGAGCACAGAGAGCUACAACGAGGAUUUGAGAAAACAGGUGGAUCAACUAAGUGCAGAGAUUCAUGAGUGGAAGAAAAAAAACAAAGAGAAAGUUCACGUUGAAACUCAGACCGAAGAAUAUGUUUGGACUGAAACAGACUAUUAUAACUACUACUACGGUGACCACGCUCAGAACAGCGUGGCUGCGGUCUCCGAGGAAAGUCUGGAGACCACUCAAGCGGUGGCUGCGACUGGUGGAGGUGACUCGGCAGAGGUUGCAACAGUGGUGCCGGCAGACACUACAGCAGACACAACUGCGGAUGUGUCUGCUCAACCCGAUAGCAGUGUGGGAGUCACAACCGAGGCAGGUGAUGCAGCAUCCAUUGCCGACAUGCUAAGAGCUACCGCUGAGGAGGCCAUGACACAGACCGGCUUUGUCUUCGACGAGACAACUGGCAUGUACUAUGACCACAGCACUGGCUUCUAUUAUGACUCGGUCAGCCAGCUCUACUACGAUUCCAGCACGGGCUUUUACUACUAUUACGACGCAGAAAGUGGACGGUACCAGUUUCAUUCCAAAGUUGAGGUUUCUGCUGCGCAGACUGGUGACCAAGAUGAUUGUAUGAAUGAAAAGAAAGGCAAAUGGUUCAAGAGAGGUGGGAAGAAAAACACACUGUACAGUGAUAAGGAGUAUGCAUAUGAUGAGUUCAAGUCGGAUGAAGAAGAGCAUCAAUCAAGGCGGGAGUCCCGAAAAUCAAGAAGACGAUCUCGUAGUCCCGAGCCACGCGAGAGAGACUCCAAACGGCGCGGGGAGAGAGACAAGUCCUCCUCCUCCAAGAGAAAGAAGCAUAAAAGUGGUUCAAGCCACGAUGAGAAGAAAAGAUCAAAGAAGAAAAAGAAGCGAUCCAAGUCGUCGUCGCGCAAGAAGGACCGAAGAUCCCCAACUCGGAGCACCGACUUGGCGGGUAACAGCGAGGCUGAGGAAGGGGAGCUCACUGAGUCGGAGAAGGAGCAGUGGGAGUCUCCGCCUUCUGCGUCGCCUUCUCGGAGUUCACCUUGCAACCACAGCCCGGAGUCCGAGAUGGAGACUCAGUGUCGGGCAGAGCUGUGGCCACCCUGCGUGAGAGUCACCGUGGUCCGAUCUCCGGUGCUGCAGGUUGGAACGUUGUUUAUCAUCACAGCUGACUCUGCGUCCACCAUUGGCAGAGAGAAAGACAUGGAUCAUGCAAUUCAGAUACCAGAAAUGGGGGUCAGCAAGUUGCAUGCUGAGGUGUACUUUGACCAGCAGCUGCAGAGCUACAUGAUCGUGGACCAGGGAAGUCAGAACGGAACGGUUAUCAAUGGCAACAGAAUCUUACAGCCCAAAAUCAAGUGUGAACCACACCCACUGACUCACGGCGACGAGGUGAAGAUGGGAGACACGGUGUUGUCCUUCCACAUCCACGCAGGGACCGAUACGUGUGAUGGCUGUGAGCCUGGCCAAGUGAUGGCUCACCUCAGCAAGCACAAGAAAGAGGAGCCGCUAGGGCCAACUCUGACCAAAGAGGAUAAAGAAGUGCUGAGACAGAAAGAGCUCAAAUCCAUGAAGGCUAAAUAUGGCCUCCAGAGUAACGAGUUCGAAGAUGGCAAAGCUCUGAGAAAUCCAAAGUAUAAGGACCGAGCUGAGUCUCGACGCCAGACUGUGGGCAGCGAGGGUCUUUUCCAACAAGAUGACGCGCCUGCUUCUGUUCAUGUGGAGAUCAGCGAGGUCAACAAAGGAAGGAAGAUGUUGGAAAAGAUGGGCUGGAAGAAAGGAGAAGGGCUGGGUAAAGAGGGAACUGGAAUGAAAGAUCCGAUUCAGCUUCAAAUCCGAAAGGCCCAAUCAGGACUGGGAGCGUGCACUGCCAUGUCUGUGGACGACGCCUCUCUGACCAGAACCAAAUCCCAGAAGAACUGGGAGAAGGCUCGCGAGAGAUUUGCUGACUCGUGCCAGGCAGAUGCGCCGUCAUCCAAAACACAGUGUGCCUCCCCCAAAGCUUGGGUCAAAGCGGAGCCUGAAGCUGCCGGCCCUCACGCCGAGGCUCCUCCAGAGACCCAAAGUUAAUCAGAGCAGACGGAUUUGGAAGACACACAUCUUUGAAAUACUGCUAUGUGCAAGAGAAGAACUCAGUGUAAGGGUCCAACUAGCUGCAGUGCAGAACUUCCACUUAGCGCUCGAAGCAAAUAUUGACACACUGAGGUUGUGAGGUCAUACUGGUAUGAGAGGAGAUAACUGGAGACACUCUCAGAUGUUGCACAGUCAACACUUAGGAGACAAGUUCUACAGAAGUCAUGACAGUGAUAAUGUACUGUGUAUUAUUAGAAGUAAUAUGAUGAAAUGUUUUGCAUUUAUUGUAGGGUGAUUUGCACACACAGCAGUCAGCUGCUGUGCGUCAUCUCUGUGUUUAUUUGAAGUCUUGCUGAGGGUGUGAGAAUGGUUGCAUGUGCUCACUCAAACUGCUCGGCCACACACACACACACACACACUAAGGUAGUACUGAUCAAUAUCAGGACAGCCACAAGUAAUGUGAAGUCUGUAAAGUGGAAGAAUUGCGGUCUCAUUGAAAUAAAUGAAGUGGUAAUGCAAAGUAAGACCCAUUCGAAUGAGGUUCAGCAUAUGGAACAGGCGUCAAGGUGACCGAAAAGACUCACGUGACACUGUUAGUGAGAGUCUUGCCGCUGGGACCCGCCGUGCUCUUCUGACUUAUCGUGCCUCCCAUUUUGAUCUCGCUGUCGUCCAACCAACAUGGACGUAACCUCCGCUUUUCCUGACUUGAGACUGACGUGCGCUUCUAUGCUGCUUGACGCUGCUCUCAGAACUCUCUGACACUUGACAGGUGACUUGCUCCCUCCCUCCCUCAAACAAUCGCCUUCUCGAGUCUCCUCCCUUAUCGUAUGUGCGGCAGAUAAACAUAUUACUGUUAAACAUGGGCGGGACCAUGGCCACACUUGCCUGACAGCCUUGCCGUGACUCACAAGAUUAAAAGGGAUUUUUUUUUUUCUUGUUUGGUGAUGGCUGCCUGUGUCUUGGGUUGGAUCUGGAUUGACCAGUUUCAGACAUUUCCGGAACAAUAAGUGUCUGUUCUACAGCCUCUUUACAGUGAAUUAUGUUGUAAGAUGAUUCCUUCAGGACGACAUCAGCUGAUAGAACUGGUUGAAUAACCAUCCUUUGUUGCCGGAGAUGGUUUAUCCCAGUCACGGAAGCUAUUGCUGUGCAGUUUGACUAACAAAGUCAAUAGAAUUCAUUUGACACCUCUAAGUAAUAAUGUCUGACUUCCUGAGGCAAUUUUGCAUGUCUGCUGGAGCACAAACAAUUUUAUAAUUAAAAAUCAGUAUACUUCG